ACAGACGCCGCACCAGCAUCAUGAGGGUGUUCCUUGUUAUCUGCAUCCUAGCUGUGAGUCGAGCUGACCUCCUGCAAGACAUCCUCCAGAAGGAGAAGGAGAUCAUCCAGCAGGUCAUUGCUAAAGAGCAUGAGGUCACCAACUAUGUCCACGGUGUUGAGAAUAAGGUCGAGGCCAUCGCCAACUCUAUCCACAAGAGGAAUUUCCUGGACACGCUGAAAAAUGGAUUUGAAAAGUUCGGCCACGACAUCGCAACCGUCGCCCAAAAGGCACUCCCUGUGAUUGAGCAGAUCGGGAAAGAUGUCCUGCCCACUUUGGAAAAGCUAGCACCGACACUCCUCAGCACGGCCGUCACAGCAGCUGUUGGAAGAAGGGAUCUUGAGAGGAGGAAUAUCUUUGAUGACAUAAAGAAAGGUCUAGAAAAUGUCGGCCAUGCCAUCACUGAUGCCGCUAAAGCCGCUCUACCCGUUGUAGAAGAGAUUGGGAAACAUGUGCUCCCAGUUGCUGAAAAGGUUGCCCCAAGUCUCAUCGGUGCAGGUCUAACUGCCCUCGUUGGAAAACGGGACGUUGAGCGCAGAAACUUCCUUGAUGACCUGAAAAACAUUGGCAAAGGUCUUCUUCACGAAGUUGAGAAUCUCGCCCCAACUGUCAUCGAGAGUGCACUGCCCGCUCUUCUGGCUGGUGUUGGCAAGCGCGGAGUUGAGCGCAGAAACUUCCUUGAUGACCUGAAAAACAUUGGCAAAGGUCUUCUUCACGAAGUUGAGAAUCUCGCCCCAACUGUCAUCGAGAGUGCACUGCCCGCUCUUCUGGCUGGUGUUGGCAAGCGCGGAGUUGAGCGCAGAAACUUCCUUGAUGACCUGAAAACAUUGGCAAAGAUCUCGCCCCAACUGUCAUCGAGAGUGCACUGCCCGCUCUUCUGGCUGGUGUUGGCAAGCGCGGAGUAUCUCGCCCCAACUGUCAUCGAGAGUGCACUGCCCGCUCUUCUGGCUGGUGUUGGCAAGCGCGGAGUUGAGCGCAGAAACUUCCUUGAUGACCUGAAAAACAUUGGCAAAGAUCUCGCCCCAACUGUCAUCGAGAGUGCACUGCCCGCUCUUCUGGCUGGUGUUGGCAAGCGCGGAGUUGAGCGCAGAAACUUCCUUGAUGACCUGAAAAACAUUGGCAAAGAUCUCGCCCCAACUGUCAUCGAGAGUGCACUGCCCGCUCUUCUGGCUGGUGUUGGCAAGCGCGGAGUUGAGCGCAGAAACUUCCUUGAUGACCUGAAAAACAUUGGCAAAGAUCUCGCCCCAACUGUCAUCGAGAGUGCACUGCCCGCUCUUCUGGCUGGUGUUGGCAAGCGCGGAGUUGAGCGCAGAAACUUCCUUGAUGACCUGAAAAACAUUGGCAAAGAUCUCGCCCCAACUGUCAUCGAGAGUGCACUGCCCGCUCUUCUGGCUGGUGUUGGCAAGCGUGAGUGUGAGUGA